GCUGGCUCCUCUCUCUCAGAUAUAAACAACACAGUGGAUGUCAGGUAUAGCAACCCGUACAUGAUUGGGCUCUUCUGUCAGGAAAGCAUUAAGGCGAAUCUAGACAGAAUUUCCUUCUGCCCCUGAGCUUCUGAAAAGCAAAUGAGGACUAGGCUCUGCACAAUGCACAUAUCAGAAUGUUCGUGCUGUUUAUUUUCUAGGUCAUUUUCCAGGAUACCGGUAGUUUGGCACGUUGUCUUCGAAUAGACCACAUUGGAGUGCCAGGUGUAGGCUGCCUUGACCAAAACGGUAAAGCCUCCCAUAAUGUGCUUUAUGAACUAUGUGCAUAAUGACCUAAAUAAAGGAUCGUCUCCUAUGUUUCAAACUAACCGGGCAAUCGAUGGAACACAGGUUUGCUUGCGAAAGCCCGCCGCUUUCGACGGCGGAUCAUGGUAGCUCAAUAAUUAUAGUGAACGUUUGAAGUGAAGUGAAGUUUUCCAAGUGCAACUAUUAUUACCAUUUGUCAUGGGCUAAAAACCCCUGCAAUACAACACAUCAAUAAAUUAUCCAAAAUGCCAUCCGCCCUGUAAAAUAUAAACAAAUAUUGCAUAAGCAAAUUAAAUUACGUCCAUAUGCGUCAGCAACAAGUGCAGUCCUCGACCUAUGUUAAAUUAUCUCUUUCCCCUUACUUCCAGCCGCGUGGUCCCGACCGAGUGGCAAUGAAACGAAGGGUUUCAAAUUGCACUAUCGGUUGAGGGCCAUUGCCAACUGAAUAUUUGACAAUGCAUUUUUACAAAACCAAAGUGUGAUUCUCCCGCUGUCUCAUUCACUUACAUGAUUAUUAUAGAAUAAGAGUAGGAUAGAAUUAAGCUGAACAAACUGUGUAAAUCCAUAUAAAUAUCCGACAUCAAUAAACGAGAGACAAUUGCUUUUGAGACCUUCUACAAGCUUAACUCGCGAGUUUGAGGUCCUACUAGUGGAUACCGUUUGGUGCUACCUUUCUGGUCCACUGUAGGAUACCUUAUAAGUCAAAAGAAAGCCUCUACAAGAUUCUCAAGCUAACAGUAAACUUUUUGAACAGUACAUGGCGACCGUCCGAGAUGCGAAGCCUGCCUAAAGUGAAAAAUAAAUAAAUAAAUGAAGUGAAGUGCGAUAAUGACGAUUACUAAAAUAAAUGAAACAUUAAGAAGACUAAAACCCGCGAGUGAAGUGAAUUUACCAAUCCUUAUAGACACAAAUAUAAAAAGCAUUUCUAGCCUGUUGAAAGCGCUAGAGGAAAAACAAUAUGUGGAAGUGAUAAAAAAGUUCAAAAAUUCGUGUGCAGUAAAAAUUACCGAGAAAUUCAACAUGGUAAAUGUACUGAAACAUCCCAUACCCACCAAAGCAAAAAACAUUCGAGCACACGCAAAAAAGUUAAUGCCCAUUGAACAUGGACAACUAAUAUUAACUACGAGUAGAGGCGUAAUGUUACAACGACGAGCAAUGUCAGAACACGUCGGUGGUCAAAUCAUCGCGUUCAUAUGUUAAGUGCAUUUUGAAUACAAUAGUCUCUUCGUCGACGACGGAAAAGUGAACUAUUUUGGUGUCACAAUUAUUAGCAAGUGGUACAAAACGGUGCAGCGACCUAUACAGUGAGACAGUGAGAUAAAUCAAAAGUGAGCAAUGGGGCUAAUAAGUUCAAAAAAGAAACAAGACAAUACUGGCGACGCCCAGGUAACCAUUUUAAACAGUUUGGAACAGCACACGCUGUUCCAUGAAAAUAGCGAAUUUCUCCUAUGGAUAAUACUGGCCAUACUAUUGGUAUCGGCUGGUUUGAAAAUAUAUGAACAGUACAAAAAGUGCACGCGCGCCGAGGCCCUCAAAGCUGCGAGGUCAGUUGCAACAUUACAAGUGUGAAAAAACAUCGUUUUAUGUGAGAAACGAAGAUACUGUGAAGUCAUCGAAGUGGCUAAGCCAAUGGCUUAUACGAAAAGCCUCUCGCACCGAGGGAGGCCCAGCAGACACCACGAAUAACCCACUGCUUGAUCGCACCGAUAAGCAGGUCACAACCGGUAAGGAAGGAUAUCAACACACCAAUGUGACAACUCUAAACGCAUCAAGCAACAAGGUAAAAGAAAUGAAAGACAAAUGUUUAUAACUACAUAAAUUUAAGAGAUAUGUUUUAAUGGAAGCACAAAUACUAGAACUAGAGGACAAAAUAUUAGUGCUAAAAAAUUUGCAAUCGCACUUAAAGAAAAAUCCUAAUAGGAAAUUCCUACAAACUACAUUAUUAUCAAAACAAAGCCUACUAAAAAUAACCUACAAUGAAGUGAUUGUAAAAUUAGCUAAAAUUGAAGAGCAAUUAUCAUUAACACAGCUCACAUACUAUACGAAAUUAGCAAGGAACGACGAAAUUUAUGUAAUUAUUACCCAAAAACUAACCUACUCCCCAGAGAGGAGAAUUAAGUUUAAAUCGCUAGUAAACACAGUGAUAUUUUGUAAUCGUACAAAAUUAUUAUACGAAUCUAAAAUGGCUAGCGUAGUAGAAAUAAUAAAGGUAAUCACGUCCCUGGUUCCACCUUACGAUGGAAAACCAGAUAAACUUAAUAACGUAAUAUCGUCGUUGCAGGCGUGUAAGCCACUGAUCAACAACGAUAAUAAUGCAGCAGCAAUACAAACAAUCCUUUCACGUAUGGAAGGAAAAGCACGAGCUGCAAUAACAGAAACUCCAAACAGUAUCGACACCAUCAUAACAAAACUGAAAGAAAAAUGCCAAAUUUCAGUCGAGCCGAACACGUUAAUCGCGAAACUAAAUGCAACUAAGCAGAGCGACAGUUUCGUUAAAUUCUCAGAGGAAAUUGAAAAACUAACUCUCAAUUUGGAACGUGCGUAUUUAAACGAAAACGUUCCACUAGAAACGGCUACAAAACUUGCCACGAAUGCUGGAUUAAAAGCAUUAUCAACUGGCGCUAGAAACAACGAAAUAAAACAACUACUUAAAUACAGAGAAUUCAACUCUCUAACCAAAGCAAUAGAAAAGGCUUCAGAGAUAGAAUCUGAAAAAUUACUAAGUGAUUCAGCAAAAGUAUUCGCUUACAAUAAACGAAACAAUAACAGAGGACCGGGAAAUCAGUCUCAAAAUAGAUAUACGUAUCAAAAUAAUAAAUAUGGCAACCAAAAUUACCAAAAUCAAAAUCGUGGAUAUCGAAAUCCACAAUUUAACAAUCCAAAUCUGCGCCAACAAAACAGAAAUAACCAAACACAACAAAACAACUGGCGGCAAAAUUAA